AUGGUUGGCCGAAUCCGUGUUUUGGAGUGGGAAGCAGUGCGAGUUAUCGAAUCUUAUUGCACCACAUUCCACCACGCAAAACAAGUCCACGCUCACAUCUACCGCAACAAUCUCCACCAAUGUUCCUACGUCAUCACCAACCUCCUUCGUUUCCUCACCAAUCUCCCUAACCUUCCCGUUCACUCCUACCCUCACCUUCUCUUCUCACAGGUCCAUUCCCCUAACCCUUUCCUCUACUCUGCUCUCAUUCGCGCUUACGCUCGUAACGGGCCCUUAUUCCAAUCCAUUCGCUUAUACUCUUCCAUGUUGGACAGUAACAUUUCACCCGUUUCGUUCACUUUCUCCGCUCUUUUUUCAUCCUUGAAAAACCCCACUUUAGGAUCACAGCUUCAUGUUCACGCAUUAUUGUUUGGGUUUGUCUCUGAUUUAUACGUUAGCAACACCAUUAUUGACAUGUAUGUGAAAUGCGGGCUUUUAUGCUCUGCGCGUAAGGUGUUCGAUGAAAUGACGCACCGGGAUGCGGUUUCUUGGACUGAGUUGAUUGUUGCUUAUGCAAAGAGUGGGGACAUGGAUUCCGCAAGGGAGUUGUUUGAUGGGUUGCCCGGUAAGGAUAAAGUUGCUUGGACUUCUAUGGUUACUGGGUAUGCUCAGAAUGCCAUGCCGAAGAAAGCGUUGGAAUUUUUUCGACGGUUGCGAGAGGCUGGCGUAGAGACGGAUGAGAUUACAUUGGUUGGUGUUAUUUCUGCUUGUGCUCAGUUGGGUGUUUCUGGGUAUGCUAAUUGGAUAAGGGGCAUUGCUGAGAGUUCUAGGUUUGGGUCUGCAAAUAAUGUUCUUGUGGGGUCUGCAUUGAUAGACAUGUACUCUAAAUGUGGUAAUGUGGAGGAAGCUUAUAAUGUGUUUAAAGGAAUGAAGGAAAGGAAUGUUUUUUCUUACAGUUCUAUGAUUGCUGGGUUUGCAGUGCAUGGCUGUGCACGUGCCGCGGUCAAAUUGUUUUAUGAGAUGUUGGAGACUGGAAUAAAACCAAAUCAUGUUACUUUUGUAGGUGUUUUUACGGCGUGUAGCCAUGCCGGCAUGGUAGAACAGGGUCAGCAUCUCUUUGGUGCUAUGGAGGAAUGCUAUGGUGUUACUCCAACUGCAGAUCAUUAUGCUUGCAUAGCUGAUCUUCUUGGCCGGGCAGGACACUUGGAAAAAGCGCUCCAGCUUAUUCAGACAAUGCCUAUGGAGCCCAAUGGUGGUGUGUGGGGUGCACUUCUUGGAGCAUCACACAUCCAUAGAAACCCUGAUGUUGCUGAAAUUGCUUCUCACCAUUUGUUUGAGCUUGAACCUGAUAACCUGGGGAAUUAUUUAUUGCUGUCCAAUACGUAUGCAUUGGCUGGAAGAUGGGAUGAUGUAUCCAGGGUCAGGAAAUUGAUGAGAGAGAAGCAAUUGAGAAAAAAUCCGGGAUGUAGCUGGGUUGAAGCGAAGAAUGGUAUUGUACACGAGUUCUUUGCUGGGGAUGUGAAACAUCCAGAGAUUAAUGAGAUAAAGAAGGCAUUAGAUGAUCUUUUGCAGCGACUGAAGGCUAAUGGAUAUCAACCAAAACUAAAUUCUGUUCCGUAUGAUAUUGAUGAUGAAGGAAAAAGGCUUUUACUUAUGUCACAUAGUGAAAAACUUGCUUUGGCAUAUGGACUGUUAAGCACAGAUGCUGGUUCCACUAUAAAGAUUAUGAAGAACCUUAGGAUAUGCGAGGACUGUCAUACUGUAAUGUGCGCCGCAUCCAAAGUUACAGAAAGAAAAAUUGUUGUGAGGGAUAACAUGAGAUUCCACCACUUCCUUAAUGGGACUUGCUCUUGUAAUAAUUUUUGGUAA